AUGACGCCCAAACCGGAGGAAAGCAUCCCUGUCGUCCACGUGGGCGACGAACGGGAACUUGGCGAACCGGGACUAAACAACAGCACCAGUUUGAGCAAUCUCAGCGCCAACCUAAAGCUAAACGCGUUCAUCAACAAUGGUUUCGUGACCGAUUGUGCCCAGGCGGAAAAGUUGGCCGCAAUGGAGCAGCACCACGAAACGAAAAACACCAACCAGCAUGGCGUCCUGAUGACCACCAACGGUAGUGCGGCAACAGUGGCCGAAAAACCGGUGGUAGACUUUGACGAUCUGCUACCGCACGUGGGCGAGUUCGGACGUUACCAGAAGAUACUGUUCCUGCUGAUGAUACCGUUCGCGUUUUUCGUGGCGUUCGUGUACUUUUCGCAGAUAUUCAUCACCCUCGUGCCGGAGGAGCAUUGGUGUUACGUGCCGGAACUGCAACACCUGUCCGUGGAGGAAAGGCGUGCAUUAGCCAUUCCCGUCGAUGAAUCGUUUGGAGCACACCUGGACGCGGGUGGCAUCGGCGAUGGGAGCUUACCGACCAGCUACAGCAAGUGCACGAUGUAUGCCGUUAACUUCACGGAGGUGCUCGCCAACAACAUACGCAAGCCGGAUCCAUCCUGGCCAACGCAACCCUGCCGACACGGUUGGGAGUACAACUUUACGGACGUACCGUACCAAACGGCAGCAACUGAUUUCGAAUGGGUCUGCGACCAUGCGUAUCUUCCAACGUUGGCCCAGUCUAUCUUCUUCCUGGGUGCGAUCGUCGGUGGUCUGUUGUUUGGUUGGAUUGCCGAUCGAUACGGACGCAUUCCCGCACUCGCUGGUUGCAAUAUCGUCGGUUUUGCGGCCGGUGUCGCUACGGCAUUCGUAGGCAACUUCUGGCAAUUUAGCUUGUGCCGGUUUCUGGUCGGGUUUGCCUUCGAUAACUGCUUCACCAUGAUGUACAUCUUAGUUUUGGAAUACGUUGGCCCAAAAUGGCGCACCUUUGUCGCAAACAUGUCGAUCGCGCUGUUUUUCACCACCGCGUCCUGCGCAUUGCCCUGGAUUGCGUACUAUCUGGCGGAUUGGAAAACGUUCGCCAUUGUCACAUCAGCACCGCUAGCUUUGGCCAUCCUUACCCCACUGUUGGUACCGGAAUCGGCAAGAUGGCUCGUUUCGCAGGGUAAGAUUGACAAAGCCAUCGGAAUCCUUAAGAAGUUCGAAACGAUCAACAAGAAGACGAUCGAUGCCAAGGUGUAUCAGGAAUUCAGUGACAGCUGCGUGAGGCUUCAGGAGGAAGAGGCUGCGAAUAGCAACUACUCUGUACUGGAUCUGUUCAAGACGCCACGCCUGCGCAACAUCACCAUCCUGCUGAUCGUCAUCUGGAUGGCCAUUUCGCUCGUCUUCGAUGGUCACGUGCGAAACGUGGGCUCGCUGGGGCUGGAUCUCUUCUUCACCUUUACGGUUGCUGCCGCCACGGAGCUGCCGGCCGAUACCUUCCUCACUCUGACGCUGGAUCGUUGGGGACGGCGAUGGUUAGCCUGCGGAACGAUGGUUGCCAGUGGACUGUUCAGUCUGUUCGCCACCAUGGUACCGAUGGGUGCCUACUCAGCAACAUUGGCAAUUUUGGGACGUUUCAGCGUGAACAUUUCGUACAACAUUGGUUUGCAGUACGCGGCCGAGCUGCUUCCCACGGUCGUCCGGGCACAGGGUGUCGCGUUCAUCCACAUCAUGGGAUACGUGGCGAGCAUUGUGGCACCGUUCGUCGUUUAUCUGGCCAACAUCUCGCCCUCCCUGCCACUGAUCGUGCUGGGCAUUUUGGGUAUCAUCGGGGGAUUGCUGUCCCUGCUGCUGCCUGAAACACUUGGACACGACCUGCCGCAAACGCUUGCCGAUGGUGAAGAUUUCGGACGAGGGCAAAAGAUUUGGGACUUCCCCUGCCUAACGAAGAAAGUGGACGACGUUGAUACCUGUGAUGAUCUGCCCGUAGAGCGGUUUACCCGUGCCACAUCCAAGACCUCAAUCGGUGCUUCCCUUCGGGCUUCGACCCGUGGAGAACUUCGGUCGAGUAUGCUCAACCGUUCGAUACGAUCGCGCGUAUCGGUCCGCUCGCUAGCACAAUGCAAGGAGGAACAGAUGUCAGGCGGUGUGUAG